CUGUACUAGAACACAUGAAGUUGACAGUAUACUGAGGUUGCUCCUGUUGAAAGAGAUGCGAAAGACCAUUGGGCAGCGAUGAGGACCUUCUUCGUUCCUUUCCUCACAUACUACAUUAUCGUUCGCUUUGUACCGUGCGAUGGUAAAGCAGCGGCAUCGAGCCGAGGCUGCUUAGCGAUGCCAAAAGAGGGUGAUGAUUGCGAAAGUCCAAUCGAUCACUGGUAUUAUAGUAGAACUGAAGGAAAAUGUAUGAAUUUUAUGUACGGAGAUUGUCCAGAGAGUGGAAAUAAUUUUGACACCGAGCAAGAAUGCACCGAUGCUUGCAAAAACGCAGGAGCAGGGCAACCUGCGGGGAAGCCCGACGGUGGGCCUGUUAAGGGCCACGCAGGGCGACCCAGGCCGUCGCGACCACGUGGUUCAAGCGAAGAAAACGACGGUGGAAGUUCCAGGCGUCCCGGAAGACAUGAUGCAGGAGCAGGACAUCAUAAGGGCCCCGGCAGUAGGCCUGGUAAGGGCCACCGAAGACGCCCCAGACCACCGCGGCCUCGUGGUUCAAGCGAGGAAGACGACGGGGGAAAUUCCAGGCGUCCCGUAAGAAAAGGAUCAGAAGAAGAUGACACGAAGACCGGCAGGGUGCCUCCUAGACGACCCGGGGGCAACCGACGGCCAUACAGGCCGAGCAGACCACACAACCCGAGACCGCCCAUGCUGAAACCACCUAGGCCCACUGUACCAAAGCACGAAAGACCCACGGGAGGAACAAAACACCGGCCACGCCCACCCCUGCCACAUCCGGGAAAAGGAAGCUGUGGAGCGAGACUAAAAAGAGGGAACUGCGAGGAAAAUGCUGACAUGUGGUUUAAUGAUGGAGACUUCAUGACUUGCUCUCGAGUGCCAGCAGGAAGGUGCCCAACAUUAGGAUCUUUCUUCGAAAGCUGUGAGGACUGCAUGAAGAAAUGCCGCCCACACCAGCGCCGCCAGUGCGAGUUCAAGACCUGAUCAUGCACUACACGACCAUAAGAGACAUGGAGGCGGUGCCCUGCUGCGUAGUUUGUUCAUUCUGUGGAAUGGUGAAAAAAAAACGAAGUUUGACAUAAAGGCCACGUUAUGAACAAA